UCAAGCCCAAACUUUUUCUGACGGCCUGCUGCGUUCCAAAUCGGGAAGCUGAAAACUCCGUAUUAUGUAACAAGUAUCCUGGGGUGCCCUCUUGUCCUGCAACUUCUCUGUCUGAAAGACGAUAUGGAUUACCAGAAUCGCGUUGGUUCCAAGUUUGGCGGCGGUGGUGUGGCAGGUGCUUCAGAGACUAACGUGGACAGGAGGGAGCGUCUGAGGAAGCUCGCCCUAGAAACGAUAGACCUUGCAAAGGACCCAUACAUUCUACGCAAUCACCUCGGUUCCCUCGAAUGCCGACUCUGCUUGACGCUUCACACCAAUGAAGGUUCCUACUUGGCUCAUACCCAAGGUAAAAAACAUCAGACCAACCUUGCCAGGCGUGCUGCCCGGGAUGCUAAGGAGACGCAGCUCAUGGUUGCACCCACUCAAAGCAGUGUCCAGCGAAAAGUCUUCCUCAAAAUCGGUCGCCCGGGCUAUCGGGUGACUAAGGUCCGCGACAGAGACACUGGUAAAGAAGGCAUGAUGGUGCAAGUACACCUUCCCCAAAUAAAGCCUGGUGUUAUCCCCCGACGGCGAUUCAUGAGCGCAUGGGAACAAAAGAGGGAACCCCCCAAUAAAGCCUACCAAUACUUGAUCGUAAGGCUAGCCAAUGUCUCUACUGUGAACGUUGCUCAUCCUUUCGCGAAGGUCGCAGCGGAGCCGUAUGAGACUAUCGCAUUCCGUAUUCCAGCUCGAGAGAUCGAAGACGAGGCAGAUGACGCUGGAUACUGGAACUGGUCACAUUGGGACCCAGACACUAAGCAGUACAGUUUCCAGUUUAUGUUCCGUCUCUCUUACUAAGUUGUACUUCAUGGAGCUGCCAGUUCUCAUGUAAUACGUAAGUAGGUUUAUACUCCAUGUUGCACUCAACAAAUCCGUCAUGCUUAGAUG